AGGAGGGGGAGCAGGAGUGACUCCCAGCAAGGGGGAGGUCAUCUGCAGAGAGUGCCACUACUAGUGGCUAACUAGGUAGUUGUGAAGUGAAUGAGAGGAAGGGGGAAAGGAAGUACAAAAGGGAGUGAGGAGGAUCAAAAGACAAGCAGAAAGUAAGCACAGCAUGGUUCGGGAGGGGAGCAGGGAGGGGGGCAGGCUGGCAGGACACUGGCUGGCCGGGAACAUUUGCUGAACAAGUCUGAGAGCGGAGGAAGCAAGGCUGGUGCUGGCUGUUCCUAAUGGGAGCUCAUCUGGGACAGUAGACAAGGUUGCCCAGGCAUCCCCCACUUCUCCCGUGACCUCUAUUGUCUAAGAGGAAGAUGAGAAACAAAACAACAGUAGGGAGCUUCCAGUAGAUCAUGACACCCAUUAGUAAAUGCCAAGACGCACUCAAUGUUUGUGGAUAUGUGGCUGUUGUAAGGACUGUGCAUUCCUCUUCUCAAACAGAUACUCUGACUCACUUGCUAUUGUGAACACUCAAUUAAGAAGACUGGGUCUUAUCUACAGACUGGGUCUUUUAUGAACUCCUGACCCAGCAAGUGAAAAUCCCCUUCUCUUUAGAAGCUACGAACCAUGACUGAAGAGAUGGAGCGUCCUAGGAGUGGGCUCAGUGUGGCAAGCAGCGUAGCAACAACGGCCUCUGUCAACCUUGGGUCAAGGCCUUCAACCAGAUCAGUAAAACGGGUGCACACAUUUGGAAAAAGAGAAUAUUCUAUUAAGAGAGACCCUAACUCGCCAGUAGUGAUCAGAGGCUGGCUUUAUAAACAGGAUAGCUCAGGUUUGCGGCUUUGGAAGAGAAGGUGGUUUGUGCUGUCAGAUUUCUGCCUCUUUUAUUACCGAGACAGCCGUGAGGAAACUGUACUCGGGAGCAUCCUGUUACCGAGCUAUGAAAUCUUACCUGCCAGUCCAAGGGAAGUGAAGAAUCGAAGGUUCAGUUUUAAGGCGGAACACCCUGGCAUGAGGACCUAUUACUUUGGAGCCGACACACAAGAAGAUAUGAAUGCCUGGAUCCGAGCCAUGAAUCAGUCUGCCUUGGUAGUCGGUGACCACAAAAACAAGAAUAGCCAUGGUCAUUGCAUGAAUCCUCAGGAUGAACUUUAUGCCAGCUAUGAGGAUUUCUCCCACUCUGAAAUAAAUACUGCAGGUGAAGAUGGAAAAAGUGCGGAGUCUCUGGAGAUUGCUCACCUGUCUGAUACCAGAUCAAACGACGAGUGCUCUAGUCUCCCAGAACAAGACAGGAAUGGAGACCUGGAGAAAGAUAGUUUGUUCAGUGGACUCAGGGAGUCCUUGACAGAUGCUAUACAACACUACACAUCUAUAUCCCUGAAUGGACCUGUCCCACCACCAACACCAGAAAGCACAGUAAAGAACAUGGAGUUCACUUACAGCAGACAAGAAGUAGAAAGCAAAAUGUCUCAAGAGGGGAAGGACUCUAUUCCUGAAGACGAAGAGUGGGUUCCAUUUCAUAAGGAUCAGCCCUCCAUAGAGUCCCCCAAAGCUAGGAGUCCUCCUAGACAUCUUCAGAAGGGAUUUGAAUGUCCACAUGAUGAAUAUUCAUCUCCUCGCUCACACUCUACUCCUUCAUCUCCUGCCAUUAUCCCUAUUCAUGUAUAUAGAGCGGACGUUGUUGAAAGGAACUGGAACUCGAGAAAUGACAAACUAAUAGCACAAACUGAGCCCCUUGAAAUGCAAGAUGGAAGGAAUGCUACUCCGCUUUCUUGCUCGCCAUCAAUGGCCACCACAUGUCCUUCACCUGAAAGGGUGGAAUAUGUAGUUCAGAGAUUGGUUAAGGCUUCAAGAUCUCAAUCUCUUCCACCAACUCCCUCAGAAGUGUCCAGACACAGAAUCACUAAAAGAAGUCCUCCUCCUAAUAUGAAGUAUGGAAGCCCUUUGAUUUGCGAGAAAUCUCCCCAUUAUGUAGAAAACACUACUACAUCACCUGUUGGCAGUCCUACCAAAAAAGACAUGCCUCUAACUCCAAGUCUCAGUACAAAAAUACAAUCUCAUCAGCAUAGAACCACUUCAAAUGAGGAUGUGUUUGUUGCUGUGACUGGUUCUCCAUCCCAGGGUAGGAUAACAGUCAGAUCCAAUACACCGAUUGGGAGGGUAGACAUAAUUCCUUCAGAAGACAGAGUUCCAAAUUCUGCAACUAUAAGACAUAAAGAUGAAAGAGUAGGCGAGUACUUUGUAACAAGCUCCAGAACCAGAAAUAACAUGGUUAAGUCUGCCUCAAGACCACAAACUCCAUCUGAUAGGUAUGAUGUUUUGCCAUCUGAUGACCCUUUCUCUGCAUCUACAAUGGCAAAGGGUUCUAAUCGAUAUGCUAGGAGGUCUCAGCCUUUAGGGGCUGAAGAUGAAAGGCUAGUGGAUGGAUGUGGUGUUACUUUGCCUUCUAGAGCUCAUGGAUAUCCCAACAGUAGAAUGCAAAUAAGACCAAAUGCUCCAUCCGACAGGAUAAUAGUAGAAGAAUACUCUACAGAACUGUCUCUUACUCCCUCGCUAAGAAGACACAGAAGCACAGGACCAAGGUAUUCCGAGAGGUCAUUCAUCCCUCCUUCAGUAUGUUCUGGCCGGGGUCUUGGCUGCUCACCGAGGCACCUGUCCAAAAUGGGCUCGGCUAGUUACUCACAGUUGCCUCCAUUACCUCCUGGUUCCAAUCGUCCACAUCUACCUGCAGGAAAGAGGAUGUCGCUGAGUGCUGUGCCGUCAGGGCCGACACCAUAUAGGGCACAAUAUCCAGCACGCAUGGCAGAGCAAAGUAUUGAUGUUCUUCUAAAUAAGAUGUGUGGUCAGGAUAAACUACUCAUUAGCAUUGAAGAGGAAUCUUCUCACCUUCGAUCUGAAAAGGAGAAACUGGAGGAUGCUCUUCAACUAACACAUCAACACCUUGAGGAGUUCCAGGGUCAGGAGCAAGUGAUUGAGAACAUCUGGUACCAGCAGAGGCUACUGCAGGAUGACCUAGUGUAUGUGCGGGCCAGGCUGUGUGACCUCUCUCUGGAGAGGGAACGAGCAUGGGAGGAGUACAGAGUUCUUGAAAAUGAACUGCAUACAGUGAGGGAGACUUUGGAGCGUGUCGGUCAGAUUGGACAUCCACAGGACCAAGUAGCCGCUCAGAGAGACCUUUGGAUGAUCAAUGAUAUCAUUUCUGGUCUUCGAUUUAACAAAACCAAUUUUCAUAUCAUCCCAGAUUCUGCAAGACACCCUGCCAUGGGGAACCCACCUGCUCCAGCCAGUGAGACACCGCCAACCUACCAGAGAAACUUUAUUUAUCAUCAUUCUGGGCUCCAUCCUCUUGGUCCAAGAGAAAAUCAUAGUGAAUCUGAAGCUAUUCCGCCCAGACCGCCUCUCCCUAAGGAUAACCAGGCAUCCACCGAUGGGGUAGAGGGACAGCCCAAUGACCAGAAUGAGCAGCCUGAGAGCAAGACGGCAAUUCCCUUGUCAUCUGCACCAAGUGAUCCAGCAUCGCCCAGUAAAAAUAUAGCAGACAUUCGCCCAGCUCCAUCAUCCUGCCCCGUAUCCAUACCCUCGUCUCACAAAGUGAUUCUAGAGGCAAAGGCUUCACCCCCUAAUGUUCCAGAGGUGGGCACUGUUCGAAAACAACGGAUGAGUGCUGAGGAGCAGCUGGAGAGGAUGCGGCGACACCAGGAGGCUCAGAUCCAUGAGAAACCUAAACCUGGUGUCACGGCACAACGUCAGAAUUCUCAAAGGUCUACGACAGGCUCAGUAGGUGGCAGGCUGAGAUCAUCUUCCUCGGAUUCUUUCCAAUCUGGAACGAGUUCUCAGCUAUCGGAGAAGGCGCCUGUAGAACAGAGAAAACCAGCACUGGUGAGGGUCACAGCCUCCUUUUACCCCAGCACAGUAUCCACUCCGCAGCAAGGAAAACCAGGAAGUGUUAAUGGCAAAAAACCUUCCCCUGGUGUAGUGCAGGAGGAGCCCAUAUAUAGUGUUGCAAUGGAACCUCAGACUGACAAGGUCAUCUCCACAACAAACUAUGAGAUCUCCCCUGUGCUGAAAGUCACUCCUCCAUUGAGAACCAGCAGUAAAAUUGUCACUGCCGCCUGCAUGCAACUGAAAAAAGAUAUGCAAGAUGGCAGCCAUGAUAAACAUGGGCCCCGACCCGGUCAAGAAGCCUCAGAGAAAAAUUCCACCCAUCAACCUGACCAACUGGAACUGAAACCAAAAACUGUUGAAAAAAGCAAAACUACUGUGUCUAGGACCAGCUCUGCUCCUACCCAUGGGGAUUUCAGCAGAGUUUCAGAUGAAGGUUACAGCAUCCCAAUGGAGGGGGAGCGAGAUCGCAUAAUCAGCUUGUCCUAUACACUCGCAACAGAGGCCUCAGAACGCAGCAAAAUCAUUACAGCUACAUCGCUGGCAGAUGAAUGCGAUACAAACAGUGAUAUCUCCACAUCAGAUGAAAUGUAUCCCUGGGAUUUUUUUCUGCAAGAUACCUGUAGCAAAAAACAGCGUGACUCCAAGGAGCAUUGCCAAGUCAAAGCCACGACCCAUUCCCUUCCAGAAGAGAGAUCAUAUACAAGUAAAGAUGAACAUUGCUGUUUCUCAAACGGGUCAAACCAACGUUCUCCUGACACAGCCAAAGAGAGAUUUAAUAAUCUGCAUUCAGACAAUCAACACUAUGAGAACUGGCCAGCCCAAAAACAGAGCGACAGCAGAGAUCACUGCUCAGUCACGAAACAGGACAGUUCUGCAGUUUCCAAAUGUAAUGGACAGGUGGCGAACUAUGACUUCCUCAUAGAGGACUUGCAUUAUAACCCAUUGAGCAUAAGCAAAGUCACUGACUACUGUAACGAGGAGCGGGAGCCUAUCCGGAUCACACUCCUCCAGUCCAGCUUUUAGUUUGUAUGGGGCUCUUGUGAAUGGAGUUGAAGAGGGAUGCUACAGAUUUGAUGAUAAGGUGGAACUCUGGAGGCAAAGGAUGUUUUAAUGAAGUUGGAACAAUUUAUGUAGAAUUACAGAAAAUAUAUUGAAGGUUCAUAUAGAAAGUUGGAAUUGAUAUGGAUAUGUUGUUGUAAAGAGUGUCUGUGAAUGUAAAUAAAUAUACAUAGGGAGUAAUCAGAGGUGGAACUAAGGUGAGACUGUAAAAAUGUUGAUAAAGAUUGAAGGAAGUGCCCCGAUAGAUCAAGGAAUGUUGUUUAGGGACACUGGUAGUAAGUGUUUCACUAGAGAGAAUGGAGCAUUGCGCAAAGUGUAAAGAGAAUUACUAGCGCUGGUCAAAUAUAGUGUAAACAGAAUGGAUUUGUUGGAAAAUGGAUUAUUUUAUAAGAACGGUUGCAUUAGCAAAAAACAAAGUUCUGUGUAUGUAGAAGGUGCCGCUGUGAAGUACAGUAAGUAGACUUUAUCAUAUGAAGGGGGUUUUCACGUUUGUCCGUGGAAGUGUAUGCAAAUUGUUUCAGUUGGUUAAACAAGCUGUGGUAACUUGCGUUAACUAUAUAAGAUUUUUUUUAAAAACAAAAUGUUUAAACGCUCUGUUGUAUAGAGUAGUGAGGUCAUGGAAUUUCAUUUUUUUUUUCCUUGGUUAAUUUCAUACAGUAUAUGUGUGUAUAUGGUGUAACAAGUACAAUGGUUUUUGUUCAAGCACAAUGCCUGGUAAGCUGCACAUUUGUGAUGCCCAGACAGUUAACUAGAGUGAAAGGGGAUGAUUUAUCAAAUCUUGGCAGCGCCUGGUCGGCCCUGCUGCACGGCUAACGACCAUGCUAGCGACCUAGUUAUAUGUAAAUGAAGGAUGGCGCGAUAUGUUGCUCCCUCCUUCAUUACUCAUUCUGGUAAGUACCCAGGAUCUGAUCUGCCUGCCGGGCCGGCAUAUCAGCUGGGUACACAUUGCAUAGUGUGUACUCAGCUUGAGAGAUCAUAAAUCUCCCUAAAUGUCAUAUGGGAAAUACAACGAGGCAAGGUUGGCCUUUGAGCAUCCAUGGUAAAAAACCAUUGAUGGUUAACCACCAAUGGCAGAUAUUUUUUUCCACCAGUGGGGCUUUUCCAUUCUCUAUUUGGGAUCAGGACACAGGUUCUAGCUACGCCCCUGAUGCACAUGGAAAGCGCCACACCCAGCUGUUGGCCCACAGUCCAGUGAGUAAUAGAGGAGGGGAUGACCAUCGGUAGAUGAAACCAUUGUUGGUUUACCGGUCGAUAGUUUUAUACCAUCGAUGUUAACCACCAAUGGUAACCCUUGAUGUUUAAGCCACCGAUGGCCAUCCCUCCAAGGAGAGUGUUGAUAUAAAUACAACAAGGCCUCCUCUCUCACAGGGCCUGAGUGACAGAUAUAUGUUCAAGGGAAAUAUUUCAUUAACAAUAGACCAACUUAAUCCUAUGACAUAACUGUCUAGUCAUUUUUAUAUUUUUAAAUCAUACGCAAUUUUUUUUGUCUUGUUACUUUCAUUGCAGUGCCUUGACGAGUCAACUAGGGUUUUCAGUUUUUGUCUUGUGUUAUUCUGCUGUUCUUAAGAAGGGCCUGUAUCAUUUUAACUUACACCCAUGCCAUAUUUUUUUUAAUUUUUAUUUUUGUUAAUUGCCACUAAAACCAAAUAUUAGGACGGUCUGUUGCCUUAUUAGCAUGCCUAAUACUGUCUUUGCUGUAACCAUUCCUUAUGCCAAUCUCCAUAUUUAGCUAUUACCAAUUUUAUUUGUAUUAUAGUACCUGCAGAUCUCUGCUAACCAUUUUUUAUCUUUUUAUAAAGGAGAAGAUUGAAACUUACAAGGGAAUGUGUUUAAGGCUUUAUGCUGUAUUGUAAAAUCUAUGCAAGCUGCAAUGUGCAAAUAAAGCAACAAAGUAUA